AUGGUGACCACAAGACCUCAAGUUCGGAAGAAAAACCAAACGAUCAACACAAAACUUGUGAAAACUAAGGAAUCCAAACAAAGUGAAAACUGUACUCCAAGCAUUUCUCCAAAUACUUCUCAAGUUCAAACUGAUACCAGAAAACCAAGAGUUAGAAAAACUGCCAACAAGCCACCUUGCAGAACUGCUCGUAUUGAAACGGAACAACCUUAUACGCCUCCCGCACUCAACCCAAGAGUUCGUCUCAACCAGACAAAGUACGACAAUUUUGAACCCGAAAUUAUCAACAUUACCUUGCCAGGUUUUGAUUUGGACAGAUGUAUGAUACAAUUCGUUCAGAAAGGAGUAAUGUUCUCCGACUAUUUCUACUCCAUCAUUGGCAACGAAUGUUUGUGUGAACGAGUCCGCAGGUGGCAGAUGGGUUCGAAAGAUUAA